GCGCAGCAGCGAGCACGAUCCAACAACAUAAACAAAAAAGAGGCGUGACACAUUUAUUUGUCAAAACAAUUAAUCUCAUUUAUUACUUUCACUUUCGCCGUUUUUACGUAAUUCCACAAUGUCACAAAAGAUAGUUUUAACAGGCACCCUCGACAUGCUGCACAGCCUCUACGACUUCAAAGCGACUUAUGCAAAAACCCUCAGCUUUCGCACCAACGAAUACUUCAUCCUCCACCAAAGCAACACCAAGCACAAAAACUGGUGGGAAGUGAUAAACGAAGCUGGCGAAAUGGGGUUCAUCCCCUCAAACUACGUAGAGACUGUCACAGUGAACCCCUCGUUUUACCUCCAAUUCGUCGAGAACUGCCUCGAGAAUUUGAAAAAACGCGCGCCUGCGGAGAAUCUCACCGAUCGACACGAGAUCAUAGCCCGAUUGAAGGAAGUGAAGAAGGAGAUUGAGGAGCUCCCCGAAGGUGGGGGCCACGGCGACGACGUCAAGACGUUACAUUACAAAAACUCGGAUGUGGCGCACUUCCAGAGUGCGAGCUCGCAGUCGUCGCUCCUAACCGAGCUUAAAAACGAUAUUGAGGACCCCAUCAGGCCCAUAAAAACCAACAAAGAGCGGGUGAGGAAAUCCAUCGAGAACCUCCACGAGGAGGGCUGCAACGACGUGAAGAAGUCGGACAUACCCUCUCCCGCAAUCACAGACCAAUCCGUUUACGAAUUGGUCGAAAGUGUGAGAAUUAAUACUCAGUUGUCUUACGAGAUGUCUCGAGUGGCGGUGGUUACGGUCGUCCAAGGCCUCCACGAGCUGCUCCCAGCCUCGGUUUUUCCGUACCUGAGCACGAUUUUAUCCCAAGUACAAAAAUCACUCAAUGUGGAUGACGUCCAAAUUGACCAAACACACGACGCUAGUCGACUUAAAAUCAUCUUCAAUGAGCUCACGUCCUGCAAGGAGGACUCCCAGCAGAGGAGUUGGAUGCUCCAUGAAGAUGAGGACGUCAUCAAGGAGUAUCUCCUCGAAUUAAUCUCGAUUUUGUCAAACGCCGAUGCGAGCAUCUCUCGACAUGUGAUUUCCCGAGACCAAUACCACUGCAUCGUGACCCUAAUCCAGUUUUACCAAAUGGAAAUCCGCUGGUCGAUCCGUCAGCUCUUGCUCCAGACAUUCGGCGUUUUGUGCAGUCUGGACAAAACCGUCGUCAGCAUAAUGCUCAACUCGAUCCUCCCAGGCGAGCUUGCCAGGGAUAUGAUGGCGAACGCGAGAAACAUUCCCAAAUUAAACUACUCGUCGAUUCUCCUCACCAUGAUUUUUUCCAUGGGCGAGCCCAUGCCCAUCACGCAUCACGAAUUACUCGGGGCGAAUUUCUUGUCAUUCCUCCUCAACAACAUUGAGUAUCCCCCAGAUACGGACAUCGACGAGCAAAUCCCCGAUUUAUUCCUCAAUUGCGUCAUUUCGUUCAAUUUGCAGUUUGAGGAUUGCGAGGAGAACCCGGUCCUCAACGCUUUAGAGGAGCGCGACGUCGCGAAAACUUUCACAGAGAAGAUCCUCCUCCUCCUCAACCGGGAGCACGACCCGGUGCGCAUUUUUGAGCACGAACCGGCCCCUCCUCACGCCCUCCUCAAGCUUUUCGUCGAUUUGUUGAGUCGGAAAAGCACAGCUUCGCUCUUCUACACCAACGAUAUCAAAGUUUUGAUCGAUAUUGUGGUCAGGAACGUCGCCGAUUUGUCGCCAGGGGACAAGCGGAGGCAACAGUACAUCGAGUUGUGCCGUUUGGUGAUGAGAAACACCAACUACGAAGAGCACAGACACCGUCUCGAUGACAUUUUGAAGAGUUUCACGCGGAUUUUCUGCGAGGAGAGCGACUUGAGCAAAAACGACCAGCAGCUAGUCCGGGAAAUCUCCCACGAGUUUCCGCAUUUUUUCAAAUAAUUUUGUGAUAUUUUCUGAUUAAAUCGAUCAAUGUGUUAGAGUUUUUCAUUCCUUGAGAAUUGUAUGUGAUAUCCUACCUCACGUAGUGUUUUAGGGUCAACGCGCUUGUGUUACUCGUGCCAAAGAAAGCGACGAGUCAAUAAAUUUAUUUAUGAAAUAAAAUACAAAUUGUAAAUUAAUUAAAAUAAAAUGUGUACACUUG